AUGAGUCAAAUGUAUUAGUAGUAGCAUUAAUAGCAUUAACAAAAUUUAAAAUAAGUGACAAUAGCCGGAAGUUCUGCGUUUCCAAAAGCACAGCCUCUUUCUCAUAAAGAUAUUUUCUAGCAGUUUUAUACAAAUUACAAAAAAUCUUAUGACUAUUCAUACUACUCUAAAUAGGAUAGUAGUGAAAUAAAUAAUGGAAAUUUAGAAGAUAAUAAAAAAAAACUUUAUGAAAUUUGGGGCGAGAUGCAUAAUGAAUAUUUAAAAACUCACCCUUAACAAAAAAAUGAUGAAAUUAUUUCAAAGAAUAAAAUAAAAUAAACUGAUAAAAAUUAAAAGCCUUAGGCCAAAAAAUAGCACUAGAAUACUCCAAACUAAUAAUAGAAAAAGUAAGGAGAUUAGCAAGCACAAUAAUAAACUGCUAAAGAUAGACUAGAAGAAAUUUAAAAAGCAAAUCCAGUUGUGGCAAAUAAUUUAGUAUAUAACUAGCAUCAGCAGUAAUAGCAUCAUAUAUAGUAAGUAUAAUAAUAACCAUUAGAACAUGAUAAGAUGGCUCACUAAUAUCCUUAAUACUAUUAAUAUCAUUAAUAACCUGCCCACUAAGUGAUUUAUAGUGUUCCACCAGCUAAUCCUAUUCCUGGAAUACAGUAACCUGCAUACUAGCAAACUCAUCACUAUAUCCCUUAAUAGUAAACUAUUUAUCAAUAGCCGUAAUAGUAUUAAGCUUAGUACAGUUAUAUCCCUGCAGCUGCAGCUCCUAUUCAUAACCCUAUCAUUAUUUCUAAUCCCCCUCCAAUGAAUUAUGCUGCCCCAGCUAAAUUAGAUAUCAGCAAUUAUAUUUCAAAUAGUUUACAGAAAUGA